CUGAGGCAUUGAAAACCUCCUGAAGUCUUUUGAGCAGUGAACUACAUUUAUCUUUUCAUUGAACAAAAAGCUCAUUUUAAUAACCAAGAAAAGUAGAAAACUACAUAAAAGAUGGAACACUUAACAUUUACUGACAUGUCAAAGCAGAUGUUGCUAAAUUAGCAACAAAGCAAAGACUGUGCCUACAGAGACACACACAGGAUAACAAUCAUAAACUUCAGUAGAGAUACAGUGAACACAGUGUAAUCAGAGAAACAGCACACUUCGAUGUGAGGUGGCAGCUUCUCGUGGGUUUUGAUUUACUUGACUGACAUGACUCCCAUCAGGGAGCUUUGGAGUCGUGGUUUUUAGUCAGCAGGCUGCAACAGUGAAAGACACAGUGGACUGAGAAUGUGUGUUGAACACUCUUUCAGCAAAGUAGUGAAACUGCUGCAUGUGUCAACCAUGGAGGAGGCACACACUCAUAAAGUGAUAAAAAAUCUCCAUCGUUUGGAAGUAAAUGUUUGGCCUUGGUGGAGGGAUGCUUUACUGAGAGCCAUUAUAGUUUACUGUCAUUUCCAUCAAACUCCUAUGUUGAUGCCAGAUUCAUUAGAUUCAGCUAGGAGUACUCACAACUGAAUACUCAGUCAGCCAAAUGGAUGCAACAGAAAUAUAUGAAUUCUUACAGUUAAAUUUCUGCAGUACAUAAUAGUUCUACCAUUUAAUGUCACAGUAGACAUGCUGAUGACCUGUUUACAUAAAGAAGCCUCAGUUUAGUUGGACCAAACAAACUGUUCCAGUUACACACUAGGCAGUGUGCCAGUUAUCGCGCUUUUUUGACCUUUCCGGUCACCGUAUCCUGGAGCCUCUCGUGACCGACGCUGACCAAUCACAGAUCUGAAAAGGAUGACAACAAAAACAAAUGCGUUAAAAGGAGCGGAGUGUUUAUUACAAGUGCAGUGUCUCAGCCACCAGCGUUAGAUUUGAUAUCAUAGGUUUAUAUUAUGAAAUUAAUUAUUUUAAUUCAGUCUUUGUUUUAGUCGGGCGAAACAAAUAAGGGGAACGUAGCAGCCUCGCGUGCAGACGGUCACAGUACCACCGUUAAUUCUGUGACGACACUAACGUUAGCUCGCGCUCUGACAGGACGCUGUGUUCUGAUGUCUCAGAGAAGUUUACAUCAGUGGUUUGUUUUUUAACGCUGGUUAGCAUUCUGUCGCUAGCUCGUAGCUAACUCUUUAGCUAGUAGUAGCUGUCCAGGUCCACCCGAACCCUGAUGGCGGCUCUAACAUGCUAGGACCAUGUUCAAAAAUGUGUUCGGCUCAGGGUUUCUGGUGAGAACAGCUCAUGUGAUUCUGACAUGGGUCAUUACGUUAAUACUCUUCCUGCAUGAUACAGAGCUGAGGAAGCAGGAGGAGACGGGCCAGCUCGUCCAGCCGGUGCUCUUCGUCCUGCUGGUGCUGGUGUCGGUGCUGCUCUAUUUCGCUGUGUCUCUGAUGGAUCCGGGAUUCAUCUUGUCUGAUGACAGCGAUUUACAGUUCACGCUGGGAGUGACUGAGGAGCAGCAGGACAUGAUCCCACCCACCACCAAGUCCCUGCGACAGCGCCGCUGCGGCCACUGUCUUCUGCAGCAGCCAAUGAGAUCGAAGCACUGCCAGACGUGUCAGCACUGUGUGCGGCGGUACGACCACCAUUGCCCCUGGAUCGAGAACUGUGUUGGCGAGAGGAACCACCGCUGGUUUGUGCUGUACCUGGCCGUCCAGCUGCUGGUGCUGCUGUGGGGGCUGCACAUCGCCUGGACCGGUUUCAGCUACGCGCCCACCUGGCAGCUGUGGCUGCGCACCAACGGCGUGCUGCUGGCCGUGGCCGUGUUGGUGGCUCUGCUGUCUCUGAUUGUGCUCCUCCUGCUUGGCUCCCACCUCUACCUGGUCUCCCUCAACACCACCACCUGGGAGUUCAUGUCGCGCCACCGCAUCUCCUACCUCAAACACUGUGGCGCCGACGAGAACCCGUUUGACCGCGGCACCUUCCACAACCUCUGGGGUUUCUUCUGCGUGUGGGGCACGGUGGUCUGGGAACAGGUGUACUUCAGGGAGGGCAGCGACCAGGUCUAGGAGCACAAGACGAAAAGACACUCGACCACAAUGUGAGGGGAUCAACUGUCCCUGUGUGUAGUUUACCUUCAUAUAGACUCUUGUGUUGUGUGAUGACAUCACUGCCCUUCUUCCCGAGCGCUUCCUCUCAGUGGUUCAGUGCUGCUUGCUUGUGUUCUCUUGCUAUGUUGAUACGUUCCACAUUAUCCUGCAUCUCCUGCUGUCUGUCAGCAGAAUGAAACUAGCCCUGUGUUUCCUCAGAGUGAGAUUCCUGCUGCUACUGAACAGCUCUGCAGCCAUUUCUCCUCAUUCCAACUCUUGUUUACUGGGAAUCCUCCACAGUCUGCAGCACUUUACUGCUGUUAGUGAAGCUGUGUUUAUGCACCCACCUCCCACCUGCCCCUCACUCCUGCUUCCACUGAGUCAUGUGUGUAGGAGUAGUUACAUAGUGAACCUGACUAAUGGACUGUUACUUUAUUCUGAAGUUUACGUGUCACAUACUGCAUCAUUUGUGUAAAACAUUUGUUUUAGGGGCAUGUGUAGAUGAUCCAGAUCUGUGGUCAGUUCUGGUCUGGCUCUGGACUUUUUAAAUUUGUGGUUUUUGGUGUAGAGUUUUAUUCUGUUGUUGGUUCAUGUGAUAACUUGAUGUAGUUAUUUAUUCUGAGGUUUAACAGGGUCACUUUCUGUCAGACCAAGUGAAAGAAUCUUUUUUUAUUGUAAUUUUUUUUUGUAAAGCUCAGUUGAUUUGAAAUAUGAAGGUGUGAACACUGUACCGUUGUUUCUAGCAUUUAAUCCGACCAUGAUGUACAGGAGCAUUUCAAGCUAUUUUAUAUUGUAAAUCAUUUUUAAAAACUGUUUGAAACCAGAUUUUUGUAUCUGAGUGUUUUAAUAGAGAAACUUGAAGGUCUGAGUGCAAUACACCUGUGUUUUUCCUUGUGCAAUAGUAAGACAGCAAUAAAUGUGGUGUUGGAUUUAAUGUACAGCAGCAGGUCGAGUCGUAGUCAGAGCCCUGAUUUAUAUGAAUUAACAUUAAUUAACUUAUGUCAUGUACUUCUGAAUUAUAUGCAAUACUGUCAUCCAAUGUUUUUUACUACUUUGAAAAUACAUCAAUAAAUAAAAUCAAUCUUUGAUGAAGA